AUGAUCAAUCCUUUCAAGGCCAUGGCGAGCUUUAUCAAGAAGAUUAAGCGGAAACGCAGACUUUCUUCCGAACUUCACGACCGUUGGGGCGAUCCGUCCAUCAGCUACCCCAACGAUGGAUCAUGGAACCAGUGGAAUCAACAGGCUGGAUUCAUGGCCAAUGCCACUAUACCACACGCGAGAGACAACGAGAGAUCUCGACGUCACGCCAGUCCAUCCACAAGCCCUGGCUCUCCCGACCCGACACACACCACCGCACCCUUUCCUACGGGAUACUACAACGAAAACAUACGCCGAUCGGAUAAUUCUGGCACGACGCGAGGACUGGGCAUCACCACACCUUCGCGACACGGUUCACACGGCAGCAAGGCCCCUACAGAACCAGAGGACUCUUGCGACGAGGACGAAGAGCGCGAUACAUUGGGCGACGACCCCGGAGAGAGCAGAAUUCAGCGGCAUUAUAUGACAGGUGAUCCGCGGCCCUCUGGACGGGACGAAGGCGCUUACUCGGAUCGCGCAUCGAAAUCGCCUGCGCUAUCCGUAACGUCGCGGAUGCGCCGAUCGAGUACGCAAAGCUCCGCGACGACAUCCUCUGUGGCUGGCGCCACGUCGCGGCGAACCAGCUACACGACGGCGGCCUCGUCUGUUUCAGCACCUUCCCUUCCGCCUGACACCCCGCGGUUUGCCUACAGCAAUAUGGAGAAACGGGCUCCCCGCCCCAAGCGGCGGGAGCCUGACCCCGUGGCUAUGCAGCAGUUGGUCCCCUCUUAUGACGAGCUUUACGGUUAA